AUGAAGGUUGUUCUGGUGUCAUCGCUAGUAAUUUUACUAGGGUUGACUUGUAACGGUAUUCGAUUGCAACACGACCUGACCAAGAAAGAUGUAGGCUUAUAUUCUGAUGAAAUCAAUAUGUUUAGUAUAGGAGAGCCACUUGAUAGUGGCAAUCCUCAGAAAAUGAUUCUUGAUUAUUUGAAGAUGAAAGAAGACAACAAAAUUUUUGAAAGAGACGUGUCCGAUGGUGGUUCAGACAUAGACGAAAAUGGAUCGGCAUGUGAUAGUGAUCCAUGUCAACAUAAUGGACUUUGUACCGUUGAUGAGCCGUCCAAUGGAUAUUCCUGCAACUGCACAGACACUGGCUAUACCGGUAACACUUGCGAAUUUGUUCUUCUUUCGUGCUUAGUGAACCCAUGUUUAAAUGGUGGAACCUGCACAGACAGUCUAUGCCAAUGUCCAGAUGGAUUUUAUGGAACCUUGUGUGAAAAAAGUAACGAUAGAUACACACCGGAAAGCAGCCUUCCACCAGCUGGCCAAACAUGCUCUGUGUGGGACAGGACGAAUUUUCGCACAUUUGACGGUAUGGUUUAUUCUGUGAACAGUGAAUGUCUUCAUACUUUAAUGACAGAGAGCACAGGAUCUACUUUUAAAAUCUCGGUGGAUUUUAGGAAUGAUGCAAUGGCAGUUGGUGUUAUUUACAACAAUGGUCAAACGAGUAUAUCGCUGACGUUAACAUCCGAUGGCGUAGUCUACAAUUCUCAACUUAUUACCGCCAACGAAAACAUUGGUCCAGUUCUUACAUCGUUCGUUUCUCAUUAUAUCAUACUAGAAACCGAUCUGGACUUUUUCCAAAUUAUCUGGAACCGUAAUAACUUGGUUGAAAUAAAAAUACUUGAUGUUAAUCUAGCUGGUCAAAUAAGCGGCAUGUGCGGGAACUACGAUGGUGUUCCUUCUAACGACGCCGAAUUCGGCAAUGUUCAACCAGCUACGUUUGACCCUGUUACACUGGCAGAAAACUGGAAAGAAUAUACUGGAGAAUGCGAGAUAACGGACACUUGCGUUGAUUAUAAACAGCUCUCUCAAGAUGACUUAGACAUGUGUCUGCACAUGAACGAUUUAUUUAGUGAUUGCCUAAAUAUUGUGCCAAUUGAUUCCUAUAUGAAAGCUUGCUACAAGAGUAUCUGCAGUUGCCAGAAUAGGAAUACAUCCUGCGUCUGCCCAGACUAUGCAGCUUAUGCAUCUGAAUGCAGUAAAGAAGGCGUGACUGUAAACUGGCGUUCAGAAUCACUUUGUCCCUUCGAAUGUACCAUUGCUGGUGAAGUGUAUAAUGAAUGUGGGUCUACUUGUGGAGCUACUUGCGAAUACCAGGAUCCUGAUUGUCAAGCGGAAACUAUUUGCCUAGAAGGUUGUCACUGUUCAAGUGAGCACGUGCUGCUUAAUGGCAAUUGUGUUAAUCCAGUAGAGUGUCCUUGCUUCUAUGGAAAUGAUAACUACACACAUUCACAACAAGUUCAAACUGAGUGCGAUCUUUGGUAUGUUUAG